AUGUCAAACAACGAAAACAUACCUCGAAUAGAUCUAGAAAACUUUGAAGAUCCCCAGUUUACAGACUCUAAGUAUGUCCUAACCAGUCCGAGAUCACUAGAAGCUUGUUCACGUUUAAAGAUACUCCCUGUGGAUCUUUUGCACAAAAGUAGAGCUGAGUUCCUUGAACGUUUUAAAAAACUUCCACCAAGCAAAAUUGAGGAAUUGUACAUAAGAAGUGAAGAAAAGAGAAGAGCUUGUGAAAGCUAG